GCCUCCGCAAACUGCAAUAUUAUCGCCUCUCGAUUCAGCAACUUAGCUCUUUCUACAUGAUAUUCCACUGAUUUUACUUGAGAACCCCCUCAGAACAGUUUUCAUCAUGCCUCUCCCCAAGUCCGAGUACGUUAGCGACAUCUGGAAGGAUGGCAUCUUCGCCAACAAGGUCGUCUUCUGCACCGGUGGUGCUGGUACUAUCUGCAGUGCCCAGGUUCGUGCUCUGGUUCACCUAGGAGCCAACGCGUGUAUCAUCGGUCGCAACGUAGAGAAGACAGAGCGCGUGGCUCAGGAUAUCGCCACCGCACGCCCGGGGGCCAAGGUUAUUGGCAUUGGCGCCGUUGAUGUUCGACAGUUCGAGGACCUGAAGAAUGCCGUCGAGCGCUGUGUUAAGGAGCUCGGUUCCAUCGACUAUGUCAUUGCCGGUGCUGCAGGCAAUUUCCUCGCCUCUAUUGAGCAGCUCUCAGUUAACGCUUUCAAGUCUGUCAUGGACAUUGACGUGAUUGGAUCCUACAACACCCUCAAGGCUACUCUGCCCUACUUGGUUGAGUCUGGCGGUAAGCACAGAAUGGACUCAGAAACCCUCCAGCCGCCUGCUAGUGGUACCGGUGGUAGGAUCGUUUUCGUCAGCGCAACUCUCCACUACCGCGGCAUGCCUUUCCAAGCCCACGUCUCGGUGGCCAAGGCCGGCAUCGACUCCCUGUCCAACUCGACGGCCAUUGAGUAUGGCCCUCGGGGCGUGACUUCUAACAUUAUUGCACCUGGGCCCAUCGCUCAAACGGAGGGCUUGGAACGUCUGCUCCCAUCCGACGCCAAGGCUGCUUAUACCAAGUCCCAGCCUCUAGGCCGCUUCGGGCAUGUUCGUGAUAUUGCUGAUGCGACAGUCUACCUCUUCUCCGAUGCUGGUAGCUAUGUCACCGGUCAGACACUCGUUGUUGACGGUGCAAACUGGCGGAUGUCCGGCGGCUUUGCUACCAACGGAAACCUGCAAUACCCAGACUUCCUUUUGUCGGGACAGGAGGUUGCCAACGUGACGGGCAAGAAGAAGUCGAAGCUGUGAGCGAGGGGAAAGUAUGAGCAAGUAUCUUGAAUAAAUAGAAGUCUUAGCUCUAUCAACCUUGAUGGCUAUCGUGCGAUUCGAUAGAGGUCAUCUACAUGCAUUACGGAGCUAUUAUCAAUCAUAAUCUGGGCCAUAGCUUUCCCUUUCCCUCGAGUCUGAAU